AUGUUUAGGCUCAACCCCUGUGUCCUGCCCAUUAGAAGUGGUACCAUGGCCCCCAAACUCAUCACCCUCCUGUGUCUGGGUGCUCAGGACGAAUUCUCCCUGUCAGCCUGGCCGAGCCCUCUGGUUCCCCUAGGAGGACGUGUGACUCUCUCCUGUCAUUCCCGUCUUCAGUUUGUCAUGUUCACAAUAUUCCAAACAACUGGGAGCCGAGUCCGUGAGUUGUACACUGGCCUUUCCAACCACGUCACCAUCAACCCUGUGACCUCAGGACACGCGGGGACCUACAAAUGUGCUGGAAUUUACAAGCACACCUCAAAACAGUCGGCUGGGAGCAAAUCCCUGAAGAUCAUCGUCACAGGCUUGUUCACAAAACCCUCCAUCUCAGCGCACCCAAGCUCCCUGGUGCAUGCAGGAGCCAGGGUGAGCCUGCGCUGUCGCUCACCACUGGCCUUUGAUGAAUUUGUCUUAUACAAAGAGGAACACACGCAGCACUCUCAGCAGCUUGACGAGGGGAUGGAGGCUGGGAGCCACUACGUCCAGGCUGUCUUUUCCAUGGGUCCUAUAACGCCUGCCCGUGCAGGAACCUACAGAUGCUAUGGUUCUUUCAAUCACUCCCCCUAUGAGUGGUCGGCUCCCAGUGACCCCCUGGACAUUGUGAUCACAGGAAAAUACAAAAAGCCUUCUCUCUCCACCCAGGUGGACCCCAUGAUGAGGUUGGGAGAGAAGCUGAACUUCUUCUGCAGCUCUGAAAUCUCAUUUGACUGGUACCACUUGUUCAGAGACGGGGUUGCUCAUGGACAGUGGCUCAGUGGAGGGCAGAGGCACAGUGGAGCAUUUCAGGCCCACUUUUCUGUGGACCCCACAACGCCAGUUCCCGGCGGGACCUAUAGAUGCUAUGGUUCUUUCAAUGACUCUCCCUAUGAGUGGUCGGCUCCCAGUGACCCACUGCACCUUUGCGUCACAGAAAACACUAAGAGUACUCCUCUGUCAUUCAUGGAAUCCACCCCUGAAUCUGACGCACAUCUUCCUCAAGGACAGUCCAGCAACAACCUGAAUAUCCUCAUUGGACUCUCAGUAGCCAUCAUCUCCAUUGGCGUGUGCCUCUCUGCUUUUAUCAGUUUCAGGUGUUACAUAAAAUAUUACACCACCAUGGCAAACACAGAGCCCACGGAAGGCUACCGGAUGGAUGAAGAGGGCCCUGCAGCAGAAGAGACACAGGAGGUGAUGUAUGCCCAGUUAAACCACCAGGCCCUCUCACAGACGGGAUUCGCUCCUGCCUCGCAGUGUCCCAAGUACCUCUCGGAGGAUCCCAGUAUCUACGUCACCGUCCACCACGCCCAGGCUGAGGCCAGAGCUGCCCCCAGUCUUUGCCACAGAGGUCAUUAAUACACAAGGACCUGGAUCUAUUCCCAGGAAGAUUGUUCUCCAAGGACAUUCUUCCUCCCUCUGGUACCAUCUUGACACCUCCAAGCUGGCAACAGCAGUGUCUGAAUGCUUGUGGGAUUAUCUUAAAAUUCCAGCACAGCUGAGCAGACAACUAGCCAUUCUAUGAUCCUAUUUUGAUCUUCCAGCCAUUUAAGGUGGUUUGACUACACCCACACACUCAUCCUGGAUAUCUCAUUAAUAUCAUCUGACUUCUUCUGAAAUUCUACAGACCUGCUUCUGGAAAGCCGAUGUAUACGCUCAACCAGUUUAAUGUCUAAAUUCCUCAAUAAGGUUUUUUUUUUUUUUUUAAAUUUUUAAAAAGGUUCUGAGGUCCCUGUGCAGGAGGUGCAGGUUUGUUUCACAGGUAAACGUGUGCCAUGGUGGUUUGCUGCAUCUAUCAAUCCCUCACCUAGCUACUAAGCCCAGCAGGCAUUAGCUCUUUUCCCUAAUGCUCUCCGUACCCCCUGCCCUCCUCUG